GAGCGUCUCCAUGGAAACGCUUAUCACAUCUUAAUGUGUUGUGUAUCUCUUAGCUGAACUUUACAUCAGUUGUAUCAACUUAAGAUGUUUUUUGGGGUGGGGGCACUUUAAAUGACUUAUUCAGGGAUGAUGUUUUUUUUUUUAUAAUGUGUUUUUUUUCUUCCUUUUUUACUCUUUUUCACUACGCUGCAAACUCCUGCAAUGUUGACGUGACUUUCCACACUUUAUUUCACCACGUAUACAUGGUGUGGGCCCUUUUUAGGCCGCGUGUUCGUGUACGGCGUGUUACCAUGGCAACUGUUGAGUCUCGUGAAGCUGUGCAAUGACAAUAGAAGUCGCAGCUGGAGUCCAAAAUGAGAAUGAAUUGCAAUCGUUCUGGAAGUUGUGUUUAGUUGCUGUAGUUAAAGCCAUAGUUCAGGAAGGAAUUUGUGGACUUUUACUCAAAAAGUGUGCCUUUCUCUCUCGUUACGGCGUCUGCAAACUGAAGAUUGUUUUGUUGUUUUUUUUGCAGAUGCUUCAGCGUUGUAAUCGCUCACGUGCAGCUAUUAAAGCUUUUACUUUGAAAAACCAAGACGGAUGUUCCCUUUUCAACGAAUGUCUUCACUUCCCUUCAUUAAUGUUUGCUCAUUCGGUUCCAGACGACCACUUAAAACCAUGUGGGGUCAAAGGUGGCUGUCGGUGGCCCUGCUGGCCGUGGCCGCUGGACUUUACCUCCUGCCUUCCCCCAUCGACCCCAAGCCUCACGUGCUGAAAGGGCCUCCGCCGCCGCUCGACGGUCCGCUCGCUGCCAACACUCGCCUGCAGGAAGGCCGCAGACUCUUUGAGGGGAAACUCUACGGUCCAGAAUCUUUCACUGCCGAUGAGGGGGGGAACGUCUACACGGGGACGGUGGAUGGGAAGCUGUGGAGGAUCGGUGCUGAUGACAGCCUCACCUUCAUCACCCAAAUGGGCCAGAACCUACCAGAAUGUGGAAGCAGCACGGCCUACGAGCCGGUGUGUGGUCGUCCUCACGGCUUGCGUCUGGAUCGCCAUGGUAACCUCAUCGUGGCCGACUCCUACUUGGGACUGCACAGCGUUGACCCGCAUACCGGAGAGAAGACGGUGUUGGUGUCCAACUCAGAGGGCGCUGCUGGUGUUCCUUUCGCCUUCCUAAACGGCCUGGACAUCUCCUCCCAGACGGGGAUGGUUUAUUUCACCGACUCUUCCAGUCGCUGGGGGAGGAGACAUGUCAAGCUGGAGGUCAUCGAGCUGAACAACCUCGGCCGUCUUCUCUCCUACGAUCCUCACACUGGAGAAGUGAGCGUCCUGCUGGAUUCUCUCUACAUGCCCAACGGCAUCGCGCUCUCGCCCGACGAGAACUUCCUGCUCCUGGCCGAGACCAGCAUCGGCCGCAUCCUGCGGUUCUGGCUAAAAGGCACUAAGGCAGGCACCAAGGAGGUGGUCAUGGACAACAUGGUGGGUUACCCUGACAACAUUCGCCUCAGCGACCACGGAACAUUCCUGGUCGGCAUAACAACGCCGCGCUUCCGCAAGUGGACGCCUCCCUUCCUGGACAUGAUCGCACCCUACCCGGCUGUCAAACGCUUCCUGGCUAAGGUAGUUCCUCUGAGCUUCUACAACGUGCUGCUGCCGCGCUACGCUUUGGUUCUGGAGCUGGACUUGGACGGCCGGCUGGUGGCUUCCCUGCACGAUCCGGAAGGCCGACUGACGUGGGCCAUCAGUGACGUGUUCCAGAACCGAGGGCGGACCUACCUGGGCAACACCGACCUGCCCUUCCUGCCCGUGGUCCACGGCGCGUGGGACAGCUGACGCUGCGAUAAGUAUACUGUGGGUCUCAGCAUCAUCAUCAUGAUGAUGCUAAAUGUAGCUUAGCAUCGCUAACCUCUUUACUGUCUGCACUUUAAAAAGUGACAACGCUAGAACUGAUUGAAAUAAAAUGUGAGCCGCAGCGCAGUUAAAAUAUCUUUACUU